GGGAUUUAAACGAGGCUCAGUUGCGCGCCGACAUCGGCCCGACACGUGCAUCCCAAAGAAUUAACUUUUACAUAGACAACGAUCCCUUUGCCCAUUUAAAAAUAAACUAAACAGAUAAACACUACUUGACGAGUUUUUGUUUUUGAUUUGCGUUUUUCGGUUUCGGUUAUUUUUUAUUUGACGUAUGAUGGAACUAACAUGCUGUGAGAACAUCGACGAAACCAGGGCCUACAGGGAUCGGACUCUAUACGGCGACGGAAGGGUGCUCACGAACUUAGUUAAAUCGGAGGAGCGCUACAGUUUCAACGUGGUCUGUGAUGUUCGAGGUGAAGUUACCCCGGAGAUGCGUCGAAUCGUCAUCGAAUGGAUGAAAGACGUGACCGAGGAACAAAAGCGACAAGAUGAAGUGUUCCUCUUAGCAGUUAAUUAUAUGAACAGAUACCUUUCGAUGAGAACCGUGCGGAAGACCCAACUACAAUUGUUGGGCACCGCUUGUAUGUUCAUCGCUUCAAAACUUCGAGAGGCGAACCCGAUGAGUGCACAGUUACUUAGAUCGUAUACCGACAACAGUAUUACCAUAGAAGAAUUAUUGAUGUGGGAGGAACUGAUACUUAGCCAGCUCAAGUGGGAAAUAGCCGUCGUGACGCCGCUCGACUUCCUCCAGCAUAUUAUGCAGCGCGUCCCGACGGAAAGCAUCGGCAUCCGGGAAUCGAUGGUUGAUGACCACGCUAAAACAUUAAUAGCUUAUUGCAUGUAUGAACCAACGUUUUGGAAUUGCCCGCCUAGUUUAACAGCAGCAGCUUGUCUUAUUUCCGCUUUGCACGGCGUUCAAUGGACGGAGAAAAGCGGAAAGACAUUGGGAUUUCUAUGCGAUGUAGUCAACAAAUUACUAGGAAUCGAUGCGGAUUGCCUUUUAGUGUGGUACAAACGCGUUGAGGAAAUGUUAGAACGUGCAAUGAAUCAAUCAGGAGAAAGUGGAAAAAACUAUGAUGAAUUCGAUAAACGUGCGGAAAAUGUGACACCAACAGUGGGUAAAUUGGGGUGCGUUGAAACGGCGACAACCCCAACAGACGUUCACGACGUCCAUUUGGAUUAUGAAGGUUAUAUGUGACUUUUUGUCUGGUCAUAAUUUUGCCUAUGGGGCGGAAGAAAGUGAUGUGUACAUUGUUGUUGUACAAAUUGGCGGGGAGUACGAAUCCGAAGUUGAUGACGUGCACUUAGCAAACGGGGGAAGGCAAUAAGUUACGCUUUAAGUAAUAUUGAAGAAUUAAAAAGAAAAAUGUGGACCGAAGUGUUUUUUUUUAAAUAAUUUAAGACGUGCAAAUGCUUUGUUGUGUAGUAUUUUUUGUGUGGGUUUAAUUCGUCGCGAGCACUCCAUUUUUUUUUAAUUAUAUUUUAAAUUAAGUUGUACAUAAUAAAAAAAACGCAAAAAUUGUAAAUAGAUAUAUAAAUAUUAUAUAUAAACACACGUUAUAGAUUAUAUAGUCGCGGUUCGAUAUUUUUCCUCGAAGGAAGACGAUUCGUGUUAGUCAAGUCUUUUGUUCCUAAGAAAAAUAAGUAGGUCUUGUGUAGGUUUUAUUAAUUUCAUUUUCUACACAAAAAUCGCAAAGACUGUGUCGCAUUUGACUGAAUACUACAAUUACUAGUGUCUUCCAUAAAACGAAAAUUUAAGGAAGUUUAUUAAAAAUAUUAAAAAAAAAUAAAAUAAAAUAGAUCCCUAUUUGGAAUAUUUAGUUGAUACUUUCCUAUUGUGAUUUGUAUAUAUUUAGUUAAUUAUAAAUUUUUAUAAAAUGUAUAUGUACGUAUAUCACCAAAAUAUUUUUCACUAAAUACUAUUACUGCAAUCUGAACAAUUUCCAAAUUGCAGAAACCCUUAUAUUUGUUAAUGCAUAUAUUGUUAUAUCCAGAUGUUGUUGUAACCGACGCCUUUUUUUAUAUUUGUGUAUAUUGUAUAUUUUACUUGUUUACUGAACUGUACGCACUGCCAUCUCACUGUUGAUUAUUUUCAUGACAAUAACAGGAUCAUACAUAAUUAUUACCAUUACCUCAUCAAACAGUUUUAAUUUUUUUUUUUGUUUACACUCACAUUUUUUUGUACAUUUUCAUUUGCAAUAACUAAACCAUUGUUCAAUAAUUACCAAUUUUCCCGCACCCCUUUUAUUAUUAUUAUUAUUAUUUUUGACCUCACACCGUUAUUUUUUUUUACACUGCCAAAUAGUGCGUUUAGUUCUUGCCAAUGUUAAAUGUCCUAACUAAGCAAUGCAAUAGCUCAAGUUUCAAUCUUUAUCAUAAGGUGUAAUACACUUUAUUAUACAUACUUUUUUGUGUAUUACAAAAUAAAUCAUUUUGAAACUAUA